UAUAAAUACUAUGGCGGCACGUGGGUGUUUUCAUUCGGCUCUCGCCUAUGGUCGUCAACUGGCGGGAAGUUCCACUGAUUGCGUUAGGCACAGCGUUGUCGUGCCAACAACGAACACACAGAAUCGUCUGCUACUGAAGCGAUCACUUUCACCUCGUGAAUCAUCUAUUCGAGGAAUGGCAUCUGGUCCCGUAGCAGACGCCAGAAUAGCCAAUGGAUUGACAGUUUUACAGCGUACGUCAAAAUACGAGGAAGCUAUUGUGGCCUUAAACUCGCUACAGUCAAAUGCAGAAACAAUACGCAAGUCUCUUGCAAACCGCAAUGAAGCAAGAAAGCAGAACAUUCCACAGAUGAUUAACUUCCUGCACCGUGUAGGACUAUCUCUGGAUGCUGUUGACAAUUUGUCUGUAAUCCAUAUCACUGGCACCAAAGGCAAAGGAUCAACAUGUGCCUUUGCAGAAAGCAUCUUGCGUCACUAUGGUUACAAAACAGGAUUUUUCAGCUCCCCACACCUGAUUGAAGCCAGAGAGAGGAUACGCAUCAAUGGAUCUCCCGUAGACAGAGACACCUUCAGCUCCUGUUUCUGGGAAGUUUAUGAAAAACUUCUUAAAACAAAGGAACAAAAUGAAGGAAUCAUGCCCCAUUAUUUCAGUUUUCUGACUACAAUGGCCUUUCAUAUAUUUGUUCUUGAAAAAGUGGAUGUAGUUCUUCUUGAGGUUGGCAUUGGUGGUCAGUACGACAGCACCAAUGUAGUCCGCAGACCAGUGGUUUGUGGUAUUUCAUCGCUGGACCUUGAUCACACCAACUUAUUGGGUAGUACACUGGAGGAGAUAGCAUGGCAUAAGGCUGGAAUCUUUAAGGCUGGAAUCACAGGUAUUACAGUGCCACAGACUGACUUGGCUCUGGAUGUGAUCCUGAAGCGCUCUCAGGAGAUUGGGUGUCCCUUAUACGUGGCUGAACCCUUAACUGCAGAAGAUCUGAUGGCUUACAAGUUGACGCUAGGGAUAGCUGGGGACAGACAGGUGUAUAAUGCAGGAUUAGCUGUUCAUCUUUGCCAGGUGUGGCUGAACAGCAGAAAUCCAGGUCUCGGAGGUCAGAUAUACCACUUGAAAAACCAACCACAAGUGACAUCUAUCUCCAGCAUUCCUCGUUUAAACAAACAUCAGCUUACGAGAGAGAUGAUAACUGGUCUGUCCCAGUGUAGUUGGCCUGGUCGUAAUCAGACAGUUCGUAAACCAGGUGUUACUUACUACCUUGAUGGUGCACACACCACUGACAGCAUGCAGCAAUGUGUGAGGUGGUUUUUGCAGGCAGCAGACACUGAAAAAGAAGUUGUUGGGGGCAAAGUAUAUCGUUCCCUUGUCUUCAAUAUGACAGGAGAUCGGCCUGUGUCAACAUUACUCGAAUAUUUAAAGGGAUGUGGCUUUAAUAGCGCAGCAUUUUGCCCAAACAUUUUGUCUACAACUGCCAGUGAAAACAUUCCUGACCAAAUGAAUCUGACUGUGGAACAAAACACCAUGUUGAAGACGAGUGCACGCAAUCGAAUGACCUGGGAUGAUCUUAUGAGGCCCGACUCAUUACCCUCGGCUGCCAGUAAUGCAGCCCAGUGCAUUUCAGCCAAUUUUCCCUGCAUAUCCACAGCCCUCAAAUGGGCCACUCUCAACAGAGACAUGUCUUUCUCAAGUAUUGCAGCAGCUGAUUCACGAAACAAAGAUGACUCCAAGUUGAGAGCUGAUGAGAGUCCUGACCAUGUUCAGGUUCUGGUGACAGGCAGCCUACACCUCGUGGGGGGUGUUUUGGAGCUUAUCUAUCCAAACUUUAAUGAUGCACAGUGAUAUUGCAACACAAUAUUGACACUGCUGAACAUAAUAUUCAUAACGAUAUGCAGAUUAAUAAAUUUCAGGGGUGUCUUCUUGGGUGUUGUAUCUUAAUUGUUUCACAGAUAUUAAAAGGUGAUUAACAGUAUUGUUUGUUGUCACUAGCCACUUGCUGUACACAUCCAUAUGACUUAUGGAUUAAGUUUUAAUGUAGUGCAGGGCUUCUUCAGUGUUAACCUGUUGCACAGAAAGGAGCAGAACUACACACAAAAGAAAGAUGAUCCUCAUCUCAAUAAAUUUGCAAAUGAAGGAGACUUUAGCACAGGGCUUAUAACAAUGAACAUGAUUAUUUCCAAGUCUAAUGCAGGAUGAAUGUUUCUUAAAAGUAAAAAUCAUUAUGUUGACAAUUGUAGUACCAGCUAAUUGUUUGGAUUUCAGAUUGCUCUUGUAGGUUACUUCCCUUCCCUUACCAAGUUCUUUGUCGCUAACAUGCUUGGUAUGGUACAGCUUAUAAGAUGUGACAAUUUUAAAAACUUCAUCAAAUUUUGCCUGUGAUCAGUGGUAUUACCAUCAGCAAUAAACUGCAGCUUCACUGUUGUCAUUGUUUAUUGUAAAUGUGAAAUGUCGUUCCAUCCAGUUUACCUAAAAUGUGGCCUUUGCCUGUCUUUUACUCAGUCUGUGUUAAUAUGCCCCAUUGUCAUUCAUGUCAUUGUAUGCAGGUGAUCUAUUGACUUUUUAUACCUGAUUUGUCUGGUGCAAAUAUUGUACAUAUCUCCACAACCCUGUUUCUUUAUUAAUAAAAUGAUAUUGAACAGGUUACAUAAAAAGGAUCUCGCACACUCAUUUUAUUAUUUUGAACUGUGCAUGUUUAUGAAACAUUGCUCAGUAACAGUGUGAAUAACAAAUAUGUUAAAACAAAUAAUGUUGUUUCAGUGAUCUUCUGUAUGAUUUUAUUGCUUGGUUCAAGUACAAAUGUGAUAUUUGGUGGAUAUUAUCAUUUUGUAGUCUGUGGGAAAAUAAAUGCAGGAGUGCAUGUUUGUGUAUGCAUGUGUUUGAUUGAGUGAGACUGUAGAAGAAAGAUCUGUGGCAUAAAAUAAGAGUCCAUAUGAUGAAAUAAUGCUUAAAUUGUGUUUUGCCAAUCAACUGUAAAGAUCUUGUAACCGGCAGUUUUAAAAAGCCAUCUGUGUGUCUGCACAUUUGAAUCUUCAUGAAAUAGAAGAUGACUGUUUUGUAUAAUAUGUAUAAUAAGUUAUAUUAAAAAUAAUUUUUUAAAAAAUUUGAACCUUUACAGCACUUGGUUUGAUGACUGGAAUGAUUUUAUAGGAAACUAUUGAAAAUCAGAUUUGAUUUUCAGUGGUGUUCAGAGAAACAGCAUCUUGAAUAUUUCAGCCUACCUAAACAUUUUAAUAUUAUUAACUGUUUACUGAUGCUGUUUUUAAUUAUAUUUAAGUAAUAAUGGCUGUUAAAAGUAAUAACCAUGCUAGAAUUAAAACUUCAAAGGUUGUCAUGCUUUUAUUAUUGUUUUCAUGCCACGAAUGUUUAACAGAAGUAGCAUUAUCAGAGCAAGGAUCACAGUCCAGCAUAGAACAUUUUUAUGUUUAACAUGAUUUUCCUAAUGUCUGCUUGUUAACUGUUAGAUGAAAGCUUACAUCCUAUGCAAGGUGUAAAUUUCAGGUACAAAUUACAAUGAUUAUGAACAGGAUCAUGGCCUUCUGUAUCAUAAACAUGUUUUUUUUAGUUCAUAAUAUGUUCUCAUUAAUUUUGAUCUAUAUGUACUGUAUUCUUGAAAUGAAUUAUGCAUUUUUAUUGCAUAUAACUCAUAAACAUUGAUGGCUAUAUUUAGCAGCGACCUAAGGAAAAGAUCAGUCAAUUUAAACAUGUUUUUUUCCUGUGGCCAGUACUGGAAUUAAUGAUGAGACAGUUAAGCUGUCAUUCUGAUGCAGGACUUAACUGAAUAAUUUUUAUCAAGAUUAUAUUUAUAUAAUUCUACACGCACAUGCGCUUGGUUUAAAUGCUUUCUUACUGCUCCAUUUCGUUAUUUUAUUAUUUAUCUGAAAUAUUGUUUCACAUAAAAUAAAAGUGUAUGAGAGAGAAAGGAUGAGUGGAAAGAUUAAAAUAAAAGAAAUAUUGAAAAAUUA